AUGCUCCCCAAAAUCUGCUACUUCCUCUUCUACCUCUUCCUCACCCUCGUCGCUGCCACCCCGGUAGCCUUAGAAGACAGGGCCCCGAAGCCAGCUCCCUCGCCCGUAUCCCUCGGUCUCAAGGUCCAGACAAUCGACGACCUCAACAAGCCCGCGAAAGGGAAGAAGAACCCUUUCGUUGAGUACUCCUCCAUCCUCAGCUUCAAGGAUGGCAGCAAGAUCACCAAUGACCAUGUCGUCGGCCUGGCCAAAGCCGCCUGGAUGGAAAUGUACAACAUGCACCUCGAGGCAAACAAGAAGAAAGUAAACAAGGCUACGUUGCCUACCGUCAUGAGCGCUAUGAAGGUCGGCAAUGAGGUUUAUCUGGCGUCUAGUAUGAAGGGUGGCGGUGGUCGUUAUAUUUAUGUGGCCAGAGAAGAGACUGAUGAUGGAAAGACGACCGACAAGGGCAAGGACACUGAUAAGGGUAAAAAGACCGACAAGGGCAAGGAUGCCGAUAAGGGUAAAAAGACCGACAAGGGCAAGGAUGCCGAUAAGGGAAAAAAGACCGACAAAGGCAAGGACAGUGACAAGGGCAAAAAGACCGACAAGGACAAGGCUGAGGACAAAUACGGGGAAUUUACCAGUGUUCUGAAGGACAAUGCCGAGGAUGUUAUGCAAGCCCUGAAAGAUGUCAGCACGCAGAGCCAGGGCCACAAGAACGGUCAAGGUGCGGCGAACUCCAAUGGAGGUACUGUGACCCAGCAUCGCACUCAGGCCGGCUGCGGCGAGGUAAUGGUGUCUCUCGAGUAUCGUUUGGAGCACAAGCAUGACAAGCUGAGAAAGACGCAAUACGAGCAAGACAAGAAGAAGCACAAGCCCACCAUUGUUGCAUGGGAGGGGCUGCAAAAUGGUAAACUGAUUAACGGUGGCGGCAAGAUCAAGGCUCCUUGUGGUAAGGUUCCUGAAACUCAGGACGAUGAUGCAUGCGGCGAGAACUGGGGUUGUGCCGCUUUUACUGGGCCCCCAGGCAUGGACUUUGAGGUCAUCUCGGCGGCCAGCCCGAAGGAUCCUAGCGCCGAGGACUUUCCUACGUUUACGCAUAAGAAUGUGGUCUUUCCCACGCCCGCCAAGAUUGAUAAGAAGUGA